AUGCCUCAACUGCAAACUGAGCAACAGCAAAAGCCACCUAACUACAAGCCACCGUCCCAGCAAGAUAUUGCACAGCUGCAGCCACAGCGGAUGAUUAUGCCACUGCCAUUGGCCCCACAGCAGCAGAAGAGGUUGGCGUUGCUCAAACCACCAACAAUGCAACCAGAAAAAUCACCUAACGACAAGCCUCUAUUACUGCAAGACCUAACGCAGCAGCAGCAACAACAGGUUAUAGCACCGCUGCCAUCGGUUGCGCGGCAGCUACAAUGGUUGGUGAUGCCACCACGGCAAAUGAUGCAACAGCAAAAGCUACUCAACCACAAGCCACCGCAAGACAUUACGCAGCCGCCGCCACAGCAGGUGAUAGUGCCAGUGCCAUCCCACACGCAGCAACAGCAAACAUUGGCGAUGUCCCAACUACAAACGAUGAAACAGCAAAAACCACCUAACUACGAGACACCAUCACAGAAAGGUGAUGAGUCAUACACAACAGCAGCAACAAAAGGUUAUAGUGCCACUGUCAUCUGA